GCCGAUUUUUCAAAGUGGGUCAUCGAGAACAUCUGUUUUAAUGCUCUUCUAUCGCAAUCAUCUUGUGGCAUUUAUCGGUUAUCGCCGCUAUUUUGGCCAAAACAAAAACGUAAAUUUUAGCAACAUGUGCGAGGUGGCUUCUCCGGCGGAUCAACGAAAUGUGGAGGUGAAGGCACGGAUUCCGGGCGGAGCAGAGGGCUUCGAGAAACGCCUGUUCCUGGCCAGAAAGCUAAGCGGCGGCCAGGAUGCGCAGUUAAUCGAGCAGCGCGACGUGUUCUUUGAAUCUCCGCUGGGCGGUCGCCUUAAAUUACGCUACUUACCGGCUCCAUCGCGCUCCCAAUUGGUCUACUACGAUCGUCCGGAUGUCGCCGGUCCCAAGCUCUCCAAGUUCAACAAGACAGAGGUAGACGAACCGGAGGUUCUGGAGAAGAUCCUGCGCCAGUCAAACGGAGCCCUUGGUGUCCUGGCCAAACGGCGCCACUUGUUCCUGCACGGCCAGACGCGCAUCCAUUUGGACGAGGUGCAGGAUCUGGGGCACUUCAUGGAGCUGGAGGUGUGCCUGCGUCCGGAGCAAACGCUGCAGCAGGGACAGACCAUCGCCGAGGAGCUAUCCAAGGAGUUGGGAAUCCAGGAGGAGGACCUCAUGACCGGAUCCUAUUUCGAUGCCCUGCGGAAGGGAAAAUAACUGUUCAGCAUUUACUGAUAAUUGAGAAAAAACCAUAGUUGUUAUAUCUUUAAAUGGCAUUUCCCUAUUUGGGUACAAGCUUUUAAAACUAAAAAGGAAAAUAUAAUUUUUAGUAAGGCCAAUUAACUUUCACAAGAAACAUUAAACAUUUAAAUUAAUUAAUAUGAUUUUGAAAUCAUUUCAUUAAAUGGUUCAUUAGCUGGGUGAACUAAAAACAUUGUUUAAAAAGGGACUAAAAAGUAAAACAUUUUCUUUCGGAAGUAACUCAAAGUUUUUUCUUGUGGAACACUUAAAAUAUUGAUAUUUGCAACGAUCAACCAAAUUCAAAAGUCGAAUUAAUAAAUAGAUC